GCCGCCGCCCGCUCCGAGCGGCCGUGACCCGCGGCGGUGCGGGCCAAGGGGCGCGCCGGGACCGGCGGCGCCGCGGGCAGUCCCGGGGCAGCCGGUCCGGUGUGAGGGGCGGUGGGAGCGGGACGGGAGAGCGGCCGGUGACAGCGGAGCCCUGAGGAUGCGGGACCGGAUCCCGGGAAUCUGCGGAGCCCCGGGGAUGCGGGGCCGGGUCCCGGGAAUCUGCGGAGCCCCGGGGAUGCUGCUCGGCCUGGCCCUGGCCUUGGCAUCGCUGCUGCCUGCGGCCGGAGCGCGCCGGAGCCAGGACCUGCACUGCGGAGCCUGCCGGGCGCUGGUGGAUGAGCUGGAGUGGGAGAUCGCCCAGGUGGACCCCAGAAAAACCAUCCAGAUGGGCUCGUUCCGCAUCAACCCCGACGGCAGCCAGUCCGUGGUGGAGGUCCCCCGCCGCCUGGCCGCCGCCGGCCCCCGGGGGCUGCUGGAGCGGGUGUGUGAGAAGAUGAAGGAGUACGGGGAGAAGCUGGACCCGGCCACGCAGCGCAAGAGCUACGUCAGAGUCAUCUCCCGUGAUGGCACCAAGAUGGACCUGUCCGGGGUCAAAUUCGACGGGGACGUCAUCAACAGCCUGAAAUUCGCUGGCGAGAGCAUCGCUGAGGAGUACGAGGACGAGCUGAUCGAGUUUCUGUCACACGAGGCUGACAACGUCAAGGACCGGCUCUGCAGCAAGAGGACGGACCUGUGUGACCACGCGCUGCACAUCCCACACGACGAGCUGUGACUGCCUGGGGAGCGGGGACCGGGACGGCGCCGGGACCCACCGGGGCAUCCUUGGGAACCACGGGGACGUCCUUGGGACCCACCGGGACAUCCCUGGGAACCACCGGGACAUCCUUGGGAACCACGGGGACGUCCUUGGGAACCACGGGGACGUCCCCAGGACCCACUGGGACAUCCCUGGGAACCA